UUAUACACAUCCUAUAUCAAAUUCCAAACAAAAAAAACUUCAAAAACAAAUCCUAAAAUUGAGAGCACGCCUAUAAAUUAAUAAUUUCCUUGCCCUAUUUCCAUCGGCAUUUUUCGUUUUCAGCCAAGCGCAGGACCAAAUCAAAGUAAAAGAGGUUUUCAACUCAAAGGAAAAAUGACUGAGCCACCUUUCACUCCAAGGGAGAAACUUUACAACAAGCAAAAGUUCUUCCAAAGCGUUCACAAACACACGUAUUUGAAGGGGCCUUAUGAUAAGAUAACCUCUGUGGCCAUUCCAAUUGCACUUGCAGUUACAGCACUUUCUAUGAUUGGCCGUGGCAUUUACAAUAUGUCUCAUGGAGUAGGAAAGAAGGAAUGAUAAAUUUGUCAGCAUUGGGUCUUGCAAGGCAAGGGGAUUUUCGAAUUUUAUUAUUUGUGUAGAGUAUGGACAAAGGAUGAAUUUUUCAUCUGUGCUUUACAAUCAAAAUACUUCAAUUAAAAAUUGAGUUACAAUUGAUGAGAAGAAUAAAUUGCUGCCUUUAUAACUUGCAAGUAAUGUUCUUAUUUCCCUUUUGCAGAUUAAUGUUAGAAGACUAGAAAUAAUAGUUUGUAGGGACAUUACAGAUUUUGUUGAGUUUUGAUGUUUAGAAAAUAGUUUAUAUUUCUGGCUUCUGGAUAUGUGAAUGAUAUGUUCUAUAUUAUUGGAUCCCUUGUUUUU